GGCGCGGCCGGAGCGGCCGGAGCCCGUGCGGAGCUGCUCGCGUCCUCCGAGCUCCCGAGCGAGCGGCGGCCCGGGCGUCGCCGCCGAGCACGACUCCGGCUCCGCGGGCGCCGCGUCCUUUUUCGCCGCCUGCGGGAUUCGCGGACCGCGGUACAUGCAUGUCCACUGGGGGCAGGUUUAAUUUCGACGAUGGAGGGUCGUACUGCGGAGGCUGGGAGGACGGCAAGGCGCACGGCCAUGGCGUCUGCACCGGCCCCAAGGGCCAAGGCGAAUACACCGGCUCGUGGAGCCACGGCUUCGAGGUGCUGGGCGUCUACACCUGGCCGAGCGGCAACACGUACCAGGGCACCUGGGCGCAGGGCAAGCGCCACGGCAUCGGCCUGGAGAGCAAGGGGAAGUGGGUGUACAAGGGCGAGUGGACGCACGGAUUCAAGGGGCGCUAUGGGGUGCGGGAGUGCACGGGCAACGGAGCCAAGUACGAAGGCACCUGGAGCAACGGGCUGCAGGACGGCUACGGCACGGAGACCUACUCGGAUGGAGGGACGUACCAGGGCCAGUGGGUCGGCGGCAUGCGCCAGGGCUAUGGCGUGCGGCAGAGUGUGCCCUACGGCAUGGCGGCGGUCAUCCGCUCGCCCCUGAGGACGUCCAUCAACUCCCUGCGCAGCGAGCACACCAACGGCUCGGCGCUGCACCCGGACACCUCCCCGGCGGGGGCCGGCAGCCCGGCUGUGUCCCGGGGCGGCUUCGUGCUGGUGGCGCACAGCGACUCGGAGACCCUCAAGGGCAAGAAGAAGGGGCUGUUCCGGCGCUCGCUGCUGAGCGGGCUGAAGCUGCGCAAGUCGGAGUCCAAGAGCAGCCUGGCCAGCCAGCGCAGCAAGCAGAGCUCCUUCCGCAGCGAGGCCGGCAUGAGCACGGUCAGCUCCACGGCCAGCGACAUCCACUCCACCAUCAGCCUGGGCGAGGCCGAGGCCGAGCUGGCCGUCAUCGAGGACGACAUCGAUGCCACCACCACUGAGACCUACGUGGGGGAGUGGAAGGACGACAAGCGCUCGGGCUUCGGCGUGAGCCAGCGCUCCGACGGGCUCAAGUACGAGGGCGAGUGGGCCUGCAACCGGCGGCACGGCUACGGCUGCAUGACCUUCCCCGACGGCACCAAGGAGGAGGGCAAGUACAAGCAGAACGUGCUGGUCAGCGGCAAGCGCAAGAACCUCAUCCCGCUGCGCGCCAGCAAGAUCCGGGAGAAGGUGGACCGCGCCGUGGAGGCCGCCGAGCGCGCCGCCACCAUCGCCCGGCAGAAAGCCGAGAUCGCAGCCUCCAGGACCUCCCACUCUCGGGCCAAGGCCGAGGCGGCCCUCACCGCGGCUCAGAAAGCCCAGGAGGAAGCUCGGAUCGCCAGGAUCACUGCCAAAGAGUUCUCGCCUUCCUUCCAGCACCGGGAAAACGGGCUCGAGUACCAGAGGCCGCAGCACCAGGUCUCCUGUGACGACAUCGAGGUGCUGUCCACCGGGAGUCCCCUGCAGCAGGAGAGCCCUGAGCUGUACCGCAAGGGCACCACCCCUUCCGACCUGACCCCCGACGACAGCCCCCUGCAGAGCUUCCCGGCCAGCCCCUCGGCCACCCCACCACCCCCCGCCUGCAGGAACAAGGCCCACUUCUCUCGGCAGGUCUCAGUGGACGAGGAGCGGGGUGGAGACAUCCAGAUGCUAGUGGAGGGCCGGGGAGGGGACUACGCCCGCAACAGCUGGGGCGAGGAGAAGGCGGGCGGCUCCAGGGGCGUCCGUGGCAGCGCCCUACGCAGCAGCCACCCCGCCGAGGACUUCCGAACCCGGAGCUCGGGCCACAAGCUGCCCGGGAACCCCAAGCCCCGGGAGCGGCGGACGGAGUCCCCCACCACGUUCUCGUGGACUUCCCACCACCGGGCCAGCAACCCCAGCUCCGGGGGUGCCAAGCUGCCCGAGCCCGACGAAGAGCAGCCCAGCACCUACAAGCUGGAGAUGAAGCCCCUGCUGAGGAUGGACUCGGGCCCCCAGGAGGUGCACCCCCAGAGGCGGCGCCACAGCCGGGGCGCGGGUGGCGAGCGGCGUGCCCCUGAGGACAGGGGCUUUGGGCUGCAGAGACUGAGGCCCAAGUCCCAGAGCAAGGAGAACUUCAGGCCGGCCUCCGCGGAGCCCACGGUGCAGAAGCUGGAGAGCCUGCGGCUGGGGGAGCGGCCCGAGCCCCGGCUGCUGCGUUGGGACCUCACCUUCUCCCCGCCCCAGAAGUCCCUGCCUGUGGCACUGGAGUCUGACGAGGAGACGGGGGAUGAGCUGAAGUCCAGCACGGGCUCGGCUCCCAUUCUGGUCGUCAUGGUGAUCCUGCUCAACAUUGGAGUUGCCAUUUUGUUUAUCAACUUUUUCAUCUGAUACGAUUGUCUCGACCAACUGGUGUACCGAAGACCAUUAAAAGCAAAACAGCGGAGAGGGAAGAUCUAGCUUGGACAGCCCCACAACUCCCAAGUCUUUUCAUAGAAGAACACCAUGAUUGGGUAUUACUCACAGUUUGCCUUUUUUUCUGGGUAAUGUUUUUUGGAUUUUAGCCAAAAUUCCUCGCUUGUAAACACUCUGCUGUGUGGCAUGGCAGGAGGCGGCCGGCACGCCGACCCUCCAGCUGGACGUGGACAGGAGGGAUCCCGGCGAACCAGCAGCAAAAAAGAAAAGGUCAUCGCGUCGUUGCUGUCCUCACACUUCUGGUUGGGGGUGUGCAAGGUGGUGGCCUUGGGGGAGCCCAGCUAGCCAGGCCCAGGCGGGGUCGGGGGAGCAGCCGCCUUAGGGAAGUUGAGCCUUUCCCCUCUGGAAUAGCUGGUGACAGGUCCGGUGUGAGCACAGGAAGCGGGUCCCAGCCCAGCCGGGACAGCGCAGGCCUUUUCUACUCUAACUCUGUGCUGCACACUCCGGGGGGAGGAGGCCAGGCCUCUUGUCCCUCCAGGAACAGACCACGACGCCCUCCCUCUCGGCACUGCCCCGCGGCCUCCAGGCCGCCUCCCCACCGAGUCUUACAGCGAAGUCCCUACUCCUCCACACACCCAUUGUUUGCCCCGUCCAGGGAGGCUGUGCGCGGAGCCCGGGGCUGACCCCGGCCCGGCCACUCUGCCGCACGCCUGGUCUCUGAGCAUGUGGCGACUUUGCACCUAGUAUGCAGGGUGUAUAUUCAGGCUUCUGUGUCCCUGGCAGUGACCCCGGUACGGGACGUCACCUCUCGCUGUUACUGACCUCCACGGGUUCUCACAUCUUUGUACUGUGCCUGCCUCGACUUCCCCUGACAGAUAUGCAUAUUCCCUCCAGAUGCCUCAGUGCUGCUCCAGAGUGGGUCUGGUCCCGGGACAGGAAUGUCAUUGACACCCAGUGGCUUGAAACUCCCCAGAAACUCUUGCAUAUCCCUGAUGUGCAAUGUAACUUGUUUCAGUCAGACACAAACAGUCCCUUCUGUUUCUGCCUCCUUCCCAGGGUUGCCCCAUUGCCCGGCCAGGCAGCCAGGGGUACAUGGGCCCUCGGCCCCGCUCUCGUGCGCACACACACGUGCGCGGGGCGGUCCAGGUGCAUCUGCGCGCGGGACCCUGCGCUCCUGCCCGAGGAGACCCUGGACGUGCCUCCCCGUCAGUCUUCUUGGGUACAGCCCGCCUCAUGGACUCUGCCUUGCUCUGCUUAUGUUUAGCUGUUUCUCUGCUACCUUUCGAGCAGAUUUCUUUACUACACUGCACUGGAUUGCUAUAUUUUUAACCAGAAAUAAACUAAAGAUUAGAGCAUGUUCCAGUUA